AUGUGCGGCGGGGCGGCGCAGGCCGCGGCCCUUCGGGGGCUGACGCGCCCUUCGCCCUCUGCAGGUAGCGGCGCCCCCGCACCCUCGCCCCCACCCUCUGGCCGGGCCUUCCGGCCCUUCAAGGGAUGCCGCCCGCCCGCUCGCCACCCCCCUCUGCACGUGCACGCCCGCCAGGCCCAUGUGAUGCGGGGUGGCGGUGAGGGACGAGGCACGCGGCGACGGAGGACCCGGGGAAAUAUUCUACCCUCUGAAGGGCCAAGCGGAGGGUCAAGCCGCACUGAGGAGGGUGCCCCCGCCAUCCGGACGAAAUUUUUUUGUUUUUCUCCCAGGAAAAGUGUUUUUGGGCACUUGGCGCCGUAUUUCACGUUCUUUUGGGGCGCGUUGGUCGGUGCUCCGUGGGUUCCAGCGGCGAGGGUGUUUGCGGGCGAUGUGCGUAGUGCAGCAGCCACCGGAGGGCGUGUCGUCUCAUCGCGAAUCGACGCUUCAACUGCGAGCGCUGCUUGA